AUGGAAGUAUCUGAAGGUAAGAUUACACCUGCAGGCAAAUCAGGCCAACUCCUGGAAAAAAUCUGGCACCUGAAUUUGCUAGCGAGAGGUGUGCUUCUGAAAAGUGAUCUGGAUAAAGAAGGUAUAAAGGAGUAUGUACUUGGACUGAUCUCUUUAACAAAAGAGCUGAGCAGAUCUCUCAGCGAGCAGCUGGAGAACAUUACAGAAAGUAUUCAAGACACCUGCCACUUGCUGACGGCUCUCCAUGAAAAACACAAGGAAUUUACUGCAAGUCCAGAGUACAAUGAAAUUAUAGAAUGUCUGCAGAAAGUGAAGGAUUAUUUGAUAAAUACAGUCUCACACCUUCAAGAAGUGGAAAAGAAACUUUAUGCUGCUAUCUGCAGACAAGAUGAGGAUUCUCAGAUCCAGACUGCUCAAAAUGCUUCUAGAGAAACUGAUGUGUGUUGUUCUGAAGGAGAAGCAGCAGAGCCUCUGCAAGCAUCUUCUAGUCCCAGCCAGCAGUCCCAAAGAACUCCUUCCCUGAACAAGACAGAAAGUCAGGAUGUUAAUCAAAUCCAGAUAAGUGAAACUAAAAAUAUGCAAAAAGAUGUAGCCUCGUUAGCUGAAAGAAUAUGUACUCGAGAGCAGGAUGUUAGCAGAGAACCUCCGUUGAAAAAGGAAGAUGAUGAACACAGACUACUAAUGAACUCCAUUACAGAGAAAAAAGAUUGCAAUGGAAAGGAUAAACCUCGCGGAGGUAGUUCUGUUACUGAAAAGUCUCCAGAGCUGCCUUUUCGAUAUGCUCUUAUGAGCAGUGGGGAAGGCAUUGUAUCAGGGACAUUGAAGGGCACGUAUGACAGAACUGUCACAAAGCUUUUUGAACAGGAAAAAGAGGUAGAAGUCAAAGGAUCUUCAAAAGGAGUAGAAAGUGAAAAAAAUGAAGAACAUAGACUGACAGAGCAAAUGGAAGACAGUAAAAUGGAAACAAAUAAUGAGAUUUGUAGGAAUGACCUAAUUACCUUCACAUCUUCAGCACAAACACGUGACCUCACUGCUAUGAAUCCUUCUAUGAAUGAUUCAGAAGGAGCACAAAAAUCUAGGCACUGGAUGAGCAAAGAAUUUCUAGUGGAAGAGAAUGGUAAGAAUGAACGUGAAGUAGCUUGUUUUAUUAAAGCCCCUGCAAUUGCUCUAAAGAAGCUGAAGUGUAAGGUAGUCAAUGACACUAGUUCCUUGGUGGUGGAUGAUUCUGAGGAGCUGGUCAGCAACGUCAUCAGCAUUGAAUGCUCUGAUUGUGAGAAAACAAUCCCUUUCCCUAUCAACAUUGCAAUCCCAUUUACUUCGUGCUUCAGAGGAAAUUAUCGGGAGAUUAUGGUGAAAAUGACUGAUGUGAACUUUCAAUCAAACUACUUAACUCCUGUUUCUUUGGAGAGAUACCAAGGAAACCAUAAGGAAACCUUUGCAGAAGUGAAAAUUCAUCAGUUGGGUGUUUUUUCUGUGUUAUCAUGCUUAAAGAAAGAGGCAUUUACUGUUCCAAAGGUAGGACUUUCACAAAAGCUCAGCGCGGAUUCUAGAAUCUCUUUCUGUUACCAACCAGAAACAUUCAGUUCACCAGCACCCAUGCAGCUAGAGAUUCAGCCAAUUGAACCAUCAUUGGUUUUAACACUGAAAGCCAAACAUGAUAUGUAUCACUCAGUAGUAUCUACUAGUGCACUGGUUUAUGUCCAGCAUCCUUCAGCCCAACCAUUUAACAGCUCCGUUACUGUUACUCUACCCUGUCCUCCAAACCCAGAAAAAAAAAGGCAAGGAGAAGAGGCAGAACAUGUGAGAGCCAUUAGUGCGACAGUAAAGAGGGUUGCUACUGCAUACCAUCCUCGGGCUAUGAGUGCUUCUGUGAGAAAAAAUGGGGAGAAUCUCAGUGAUACUUUGAAAUUAUUAGGCCACAGAAACAAAGAAGAGGGUUGGAAAGUAUUUGACGAUGUUAUUAUCCAGAAUGCACGGAAUGGGCUUGUAUCAUUUGAACUAAAUGAGCAUUUAGAAAGCUUUGUGGUCAUUCGCCUUUCAUUCCUCUUGGAAAACACCUAUCUUAUUCUCUUUGCUGAAGCGCUAGAAGAAGCUCUUUGUAGCACAAUGGCUAAUGUGAUACUAUAUCGGAAAAGAGAAGACCCACGUAAAAUAGUAGUUUUGCUAUCAGCAUCAAAAGAAUUGACCUGUGAACUUCAAAAUCUCCAUGAGGAGGGCUACUUUGGUCCCCCAGAACCUACACAGCAGUUCCCGCUAAGAGAAGGAGAGCAGAUUCAUUUUAGAUUUAGAGGCAACAUUUUUGCUUCAGAGAAUGGAAAAGAUUUUGGAGAAAUGUACAGGCUGAUCUUUCAUUCACAAAGAAAACCCAGGCUGGAGCUCCAAAUUAAAGAAGUGGAUGAAUUCGGCAACCACAGUUCACCUCAUUACAAAGGGACAGCAGUGUUUUAUAAAAUUGCCAAAGAGAUGAUAACCAAGAAAUGGGAACAAGCCUUGCCAUAUGGUGAAUAUCAAUACCAGUCUCCACUGUGUAAAUCAGCAUUAACAUUGCCAAAGGUGAGUUUCUCACCUAAUGAUCUUGUGGCUCUGAUACAUUGGCAAUACAAACACUCUCAGAAUUUUCCUUAGCAGGUGAGGAACACUCAUCCAAGCAUGUGCAUGGAAAAAAUAUUUUAGCAGUUUUUCCACCCAUUUGCUCUCCCUAAAUGUUAUGGCCCUGGAAAAUUAUUACUUAAGUUUCAGUCAUAUACUUUUUGUAUCCUUGUCUUGGGAGUGUAG